GGAGAGCGCGCGAGCGGCAGUCCUCAUCCCGCGCCACCGCCCGCGCCCGCGCCCGCGCCCGCUCCGCGCGCCGCGCCGCUGCUGACCCCGGUAUAUAGCGCCGCCGCCGCCGGCACUCGCACGCAGUCACGAACCCGCGAUCUUCCGUGCACUCGCGAGACACGCGCUCACCGACCACUACAGAUACUACACUUACAUUUAACAGUGAAAGCGGUUUAUCAGUGACAAUGGAAGACUGGGGAUACACCUGUGAAAACGGUCCAGCGACAUGGAUAGAGAAGUUUCCAGAGGCGCGCGGUGCCCGCCAGAGCCCCGUGGACAUCGUGACGUCACGAUGCAGCAGCAGCGGCUGCGCAGGCCCUCUCUGCUGGCGCUACUCCGUCAACCACACGCGCUCCGUCGUCAACCCCGGCUAUUGCUGGCGUGUCGAUGAAAAUGGAUACGAUUCUGAACUGCGCGGAGGUCCCUUGGGUUCGGACGUGUACAAACUGCAGCAGUGGCACUGCCACUGGGGCGCGGUGAACGGCGAGGGCUCCGAGCACACGGUGGACGGACGCUCCUUCUCCGGCGAGCUGCAUCUGGUGCACUGGAACACCAGCAAGUACAACAGCUUCGCCGAAGCCGCGGGGCAGACUGACGGCCUGGCUGUAUUGGGAGUUUUGCUGAUGGUUGGCUCAAAACACGAGGAACUAGACAAAGUAGUCCGGCUAUUGCCGUACAUCCAGCACAAGGGCGAAGUGACGAUGUCGGAGCCGCUCGACCCGGCCAGGCUGCUGCCCGCGCGCACGGCCUACUGGACCUACCCCGGCUCGCUCACCACGCCGCCCUGCACCGAGUCCGUCACCUGGAUACUCUUCAAGGACCCCGUGCAGGUGUCCGCUGAGCAGUUGGCCCUGAUGCGCAAGCUGCGUUGCGGCGAGGCGUCGUGCGGCGAGGAGGCCAUGGAGCUGCUGCACAACUACCGGCCGACGCUGCCGCUCGGCAACCGCGAGCUGCGCGACUACGGCGGCAACUAACGGCCACCACCAGGCCCUGCGCAUACCAUGCAUAUGCGACCCACGUGUCAACAAGGCCCGCGCCCCUAGGUACAACCAAAUGGUCAGCAACAUUAGUAGCGCUAUACACACUUUACAUUCGUCUGGUUUUGUUGCUGAUUAAAUCUCAGGCUGCAGCCGUUUUAGGUUGUGUGUGUGUACCUAUUCCAAAAGUUUGAAAAUAAUUAUAGUUCUGCACAGAACGACCAAUGUGCCUGCAUUUUUACUUAUUACGUGAGUGCACAGUUCAAUGGAAUCCUAGGUAUUUUGAUAAGGUAAUUCAAUUGUGCCUCUAAUCAGUACAUACGAUAAAUGUAGAGAAUAUAAAAUAAUGAAUUUUUAAUAAGUAGUUGUAUAGUUUUACUUAUUACCAAAUGUAAGUAAUAUUACUUUUAUGAUAAAACUAAUGUUACAUUGACCUAAUACGUAUGUGAAUAAUAAUGUUAUUUUAUUAAUGAAAUCGAAUAUAAUAUUCAUUUAUCAGUUUUUCAGACCAAAAAUACAUUUAAUUUUAAAUUAAAUUAACCCGUUAUCGUGUCUAUGCGUACCUACAAUGCUGAUUAUGAUUAUUAACUUACUGUUAUGAUUUUAUUUUACUGUUAAAACGGACAAACUCAUUCAGUACGAGUAUGAUAGUUUCGAGAAUGACGCCAUAAAGGUCCUUCUAAAGUGGCCUAGCUUGAUUUUAUUUAGAUCUCGGUCUAGUAGUUACGUAUUAUCUAUAAUAGGGUGGUUUAUAUUCACAGCCCAUAGUAUUUUAUAAUAAACCUACACAUCUUCCAUUAGUUCAUUUAGUACAUUCAAAGCAUAAUAAUUUAUCUAACCUUCAUACCCUACUAAUAAUGGUCCUAGCUAAAUUUUUCUAAAGAAUCGAUUAAUCAGACUAAGUAAGUGCUAGAAAAAUGGCCACAAUAUUUCGGCAACUAAGUACCUACUUAGGUAGUGACAACGUAAAAGGUUAAUUAAAUUCCUCCUUUCUUACUUUUCUUUCGAAGCUUUCUGAUUUUUCUGUUCUUCAUUCUUAUUUUUGAUCUGUAUUUACACUUAGAUCUGUGUACGCAUACAUAUACAUAUUAUAAGCAUUUAAUUUACAAACGCCUAUUGAUAGGUAGCUGUUAUACAGAUGUAUACUAAUAAUAAACCAACAUCGGCUUUCCGUUUCUAAUAGCUAAAAUAUUUAUUAGAAUUUACAUGCAUAAUUAAAUGCAAGUACCUUGUGCCUCGAA